UUCCGAGCCACAAACAGUUUCUGACUUUUUACUGAAUUUUCUGCUAGCUAUCUAGCCUCAAUCAUAAGCUUCAUUAAGAGAAACACAGAGCUAUAACCUAACCCAAAGAGCUCGUCGCACUUUUCUACAAUUGUAGUUCGGCCAAAUAUUACUAUUUUCUUACUUUUAUUUGUGUGUUUUUUCUUAUCCCAUUUUUCUUCCCUUACUUAUAUUACAAGCUUUAUCCAUAGUAAAACACUACCUAUUUCAUUGUUGAACGAUACUUAGUUCGUGCUAUAAACAAAAAACUCCAGUUGGGAGAUAGUUAAAUUAAUCUCUUCUCUUAUUAGUGUAGAAAAAACAAUUCAAGUUGAGUGUAUGAUAAAAUGUUUGCAAACAGAAACAUAGUUGCAGUGUUUGUGGUUAACAGCAGUGAUUACAAAACUGUAAAUGAGCAACCUGUUGUUCAAACUAUAGAAGAACCCAAUUCAAAGAGUGAUAAAUCCUUUUCUCAGAAAAGGAGAUCAAAGCAACCCUCUGAUAUUCAUAGUGGAGAAAAGCCAUAUUCAUGCAGUGUGUGUGAUAAAUCAUUCUCACAUAAAUCUUCUUUGACUAAUCAUUCUAUCCUUCACACUAAUAAGAAGCCUUAUUCAUGUAGUGUAUGUCAUAAAACAUUUGCUGGUUUAAAUGGUUUAAAGAAUCACUCUAUUGUCCACAGUGAUAAAAAGCCAUAUUCAUGCAGUGUAUGUGAUAAAUCUUUCUCAAGGAAAUCUGAUUUGAAUAGUCAUUUAAUUUUCAUUCACAGUGAUGAGAAGCCUUAUUCAUGUAGUUUAUGUGAUAAAACAUUCAAAACUAAAUCUUAUUUAAAUAGGCACUCUCUAGACCAUGCUGAGGAGAAGCGUUAUUCAUGCAAUUUAUGUGAUAAAGCGUACAACCAAUUAAGUUCGUUAAAGAUACAUACUUUUGUUCAUACUGGUGAGAGCCCUUUUUCAUGUAGUGUGUGUAAUAAAUCAUUUGCUAAGAAAUUUAGUUUAGUCAGACACUCUCGCAUUCAUACUAGAGCCAAACCUUCCCUCAGUAAGUGUGCUAAAACAUUACAAGUGAAACAUAAUUUAAAUAGACAUCUUGUUAAUGGCGAUGAUUGGCCUUUUUCAUGCAAAAUGUGUAAUAUAGGCUUUGCUACAAAGCGUAGUUUAAAUGAGCACAUAAUUGAUCAUCAUUUCAUAAAGUGUGAAUGAUAAAUCUUAUACCCAUUAAAAUAAGUGCUAAAAUAAUCCAAUUUAUAUUGUAAUUGCUCCAGUGUGUAUAAUAAAAUAUUCUUACCUUUAACUCGUUAAAA